AGAACUCCAUGCUCUGAUGGAAGAAAACAGAAAACUAAAGAGAGAGAAGACGUGCCGCAUCUGUGAAGAGGAGGAUGCUUCUGUUGCAUUUUUACCAUGCGCUCAUCUAGUCUGCUGCCAGAUCUGUUCCCAGGCCGUCCGUAGGUGUCCAGUAUGUGGACAGAUCAUCCAGGGAACGGUAAAAACAUGGAUGGGGUAAAGGCAAAUUCAUCAUACCGAAAUGAAUACAGAUUUGAAAAAGUACAAGGAGAAUGAGACCAUGUGAUCCGGAAAGUUGUAAAUCAAUUGACGACGAUUAUUACAGGUACCAUAUAAUGUCAAAUAUCUGUAAUCUCACAUUCUAGAAAACACGAUCGUUGACAACGGAGCCUCCGGGCAUCAAACACAUCUAAAUUCAUACCGAGGAAAAGGACUACUUCCUAUUGGGAUGAUGGUGGUUUACCUGAAAUGAAACCAACGUCGGAUAAACGUAUUUACGAAACACCAUGACCUAAUUUACGGCUGAAAACUUCCGGAGCUACGGAUUGUAAAAGCGCCAUGGUAAAUCUGACUAGACAAUCAGUUAUUUGUUAGUCAUAUAUAUAUGAAUAUACCAAUAUAAUAUAUAUAAGAUAUAUCUAUCAGGAAUGUCUUAUUGUACUCUUACCCUGAUCGUUACUUAAGCUUUGGAUGUAUUUUUUUAAGUGUCGUAUAUUUCUAAACAGACUUUAAUAUUGUACAUAAAACAAAAGAUAGCAUUACAAUGUAUAACAUUGUCUACAAAUGAGUCUGCUCCUGCAUGGUUACCUUGACCGAUACAUAAAUUAUGUACAUUUGUAUAUUAUUGUUGGCAUCUGGCAUAUACAACAAACACUUUUUCUACCAGUGAUUCUACACAAGUAUUGUAGGCCUGUUCGUUAUAUACGUUUUAAAACUCCCACAGAGUGCACUGGUCCCUUUGACCAUGCCAAAGAUGCUGUGCUGAUUUUUACAAUUCUUUAGAGCUGGUCUCUGAAUUUUUUUAUUUUUUUUUAUGAAUCCAUUGUGAUCGAGUUGUUAUGUUGUUGAUUUGUUGUUUAAAACGUCAAUAAUUGUUGAACUUUUAAUUUAAGGUCGAUUUUCGCUUAAAUUUCGAGGUCAAAAUGAUGAUGCAGCUUAGGAACAAGAGAUAUUCAUUGAUGAAAUAUAUUUUUACGACUGGUAAUUAUGAUGGUAUGAUGGUAGUAAUGAACAGUUCAACCAUCUUACGUUAUAUUAUAACUGAGGUCAAAAUCGCAAACGUCUUAAUGAUGGGAAAAUAAAUGUUGGCGUCCGGUUUAUCAAUUUAACGAAAGGAAGGGCAUUUAUACAUUUCAUUUGACGAGCAUGCAUACCAGUUUAGUAAAUAGUAUAUUUUCUUGAUUAUAUACAGGCAUAUGUUUUUUAUGCAUUCGAUUUGUGGUAGCCUUCAGGUAUUCAUUUCACGAGGAAUUGCUGAGAGAUAUGUUAUGUAGGACAGAAGCCUUUCAAUCCAACGAAAUUAACUUUAAUGAUUGGUUACAGCUGAGGUCAUUUAAGUACGGCUUCCCUUGUGUGCGAGAUGCAUGCGUGUGCUGAAUGUAUGUGUGUUGGAAGGCAGCAGUAUGUUCGUGUUUGUCUCCUUGUGAUAAGUCUUGUUUGACUGUAAUAUAAAUGGCACAGUUAAUUUACAGAGAUUCUUUAUUUAUGCUCUUAUCAUAGCCAAUUGUUUUACAGAGAUCCUUUAUUUAUCUCUUAUAGUUAUUGCUUGAGUUUCUUGUUACUCUUUUGACUACUAUUGCCUACUUGUUAAUAUUUAUUUAUGUUACCAAAGCUAUUGUUAAAAUCUGUUGUUAUGUAUUGUUGAAUUGAUACACUUUACGAAACGAGUUUAUUUUAUAUACAUAAAACUACAUAUUUAUAUACACGUUUAACCGCAAUGUAAAAAGUAAGAAGCAUGCUGUGAUAAUAUUUUGUAUCUUUAUUUUCAUUUUCUUAAAUUGAUGUUGUUUAAUUUGUUAAUAUAGUCGUCCAUACAAGUUAUAAUGGUAUUAUCAUAAUAAUUAUCAUGACAAUUAAAAGUUUGAUAUUUCCUUAAAUUGGUGUUGUUUUACUUGUUAAUAUGGUCGUAAAUACAAGUUAUAAUGGUAUUUUCAUAAUAACUAUCCUGACAAUUAAAGGUUUGAUAUUUUCUUAAAUUGGUGUUGUUUUAUUUGUUAAUUUAGUCGUGCAUACCAGUUAUAAUGUUAUUUUCAUAAUAACUAUCGUGACAAUAAAAAGUUUGAUUUGUUCUAAAUUGCUGUUGUUUUAUUUGUUAAUUUAUUUGUACGUACAAGUUAUGAAUUGUAUUGUCUGGUAACUUGUAACAAUUAAAAGUUUGAUAUUUUCUUUAACUGUUGUUGUUUUAUUUGUUGAUAUGGUAGUACAUUUAUAAUCAUCAUUUACUAUAUAUGCCGACCAAGAAUGUAUUGUCAUAAUAACUAUCCAGACAAACAGUUUGAUGUUUGUUUACACAGUUGUGUAAUCUGUUAAUGUGGUAGUACAUUUAUAGUUGUAUUAUAUACGAUGUAUUUCGAUCAUUACCAAGAACAUUAAAUGGGUUUUAUAUUUUCCUAAA